GACCCUCGAAAUUCGCCUCUCUUCUUGGACUCGCCGGACCGACGCGAUGGCCUCGGAAGUGGUGUGCGGGCUCAUCUUCAGGCUGCUGCUCCCCAUCUGCCUGGCAGUAGCAUGUGCGUUCCGGUACAAUGGGCUCUCCUUUGUCUACCUCAUCUACCUCUUGCUCAUCCCUUUGUUCUCAGAACCAACAAAAGCAACGAUGCAAGGACAUACGGGCCGGUUAUUAAAGUCUCUGUGCUUCACCAGUCUUUCCUUCCUGUUGCUGCAUAUCAUUUUCCACAUCACGUUGGCUAGUCUGGAAGCUCAACACCGUAUUGGACCUAGUUACAACUGCUCCACAUGGGAAAAGACGUUUCGACAAAUUGGCUUUGAAAGCUUAAAGGGAGCUGAUGCUGGCAAUGGGAUCAGAGUGUUCGUGCCUGAUAUCGGGAUGUUCAUUGCUAGCCUGACCAUCUGGCUCGUCUGCAGAAACAUUGUUCAGAAACCAGUGACAGAAGAAGCAGCACAGUAUAACUCAGAGUUUGAAAAUGAAGAAUUGGCUGGAGGAGAAAAAAUAGAUCCAGAAGAGGCACUGAUCUACGAAGAGGAUUUAGAUGAAGGGGACGGUGUUGAAGGCGAGGUGGAAGAGAGCACAAAAUUAAAAAUGUUCCGCAGACUCGCCUCUGUGGCCUCCAAGCUUAAGGAGUUUAUCGGCAACAUGAUCACCACCGCGGGAAAGGUCGUGGUGACGAUUUUACUCGGUUCGUCAGGUAUGAUGUUGCCAUCUUUGACCUCAUCUGUGUACUUCUUUGUAUUUUUGGGUCUGUGCACCUGGUGGUCCUGGUGCCGCACAUUCGAUCCAUUGCUGUUCAGCUGUCUCUGUGUUCUGCUGGCUAUUUUCACUGCGGGGCACUUGAUUGGACUUUAUUUAUACCAGUUCCAAUUCUUUCAAGAAGCGGUUCCACCCAAUGACUACUAUGCGAGGUUGUUUGGUAUCAAAUCAGUCAUUCACACGGACUGUUCCAGCACCUGGAAGAUCAUAGCAAACCCAGACCUGUCAUGGUAUCACCACGCCAACCCCAUCGUCCUGCUGGUGAUGUACUACACGCUGGCAACACUCAUCCGCAUCUGGCUACAGGAGCCCCUUGUGCAGGAUGACAGGACCAAGGAAGAGGACAGAGCCCGGACUUGUGGCCCCAUCCAAGUGACAGCCGAGAGGAGGCGGAGCCUGUGGUAUGCCACCCAUUACCCAACUGAUGAGAGAAAACUUUUAUCCAUGACCCAAGAUGACUACAAACCAUCUGAUGGCCUGCUGGUGACUGUGAACGGCAAUCCUGUAGACUACCACACCAUCCACCCCAGUCUGCCCAUCGAGAACGGCCCUGCCAAAGCCGACCUGUACUCCACCCCACAGUACCGGUGGGAGCCCUCUGAAGACUCCUCAGAAAAGAAAGAGGAAGAAGAGGAUGAGAAGGAAGAAUUUGAGGAGGAAAGGAGCCAUGAGGAGAAACGAAGUGUUAAAGUUCACGCCAUGGUCUCUGUGUUUCAGUUUAUUAUGAAACAAAGUUACAUUUGUGCCCUCAUUGCCAUGAUGGCUUGGAGCAUCACGUAUCACAGCUGGUUGACAUUUGUGUUGUUGAUUUGGUCAUGCACCCUUUGGAUGAUUCGCAACAGAAGAAAAUAUGCCAUGAUCAGCUCUCCUUUCAUGGUCGUCUAUGGAAAUCUGCUGCUGAUAUUACAGUAUAUAUGGAGUUUUGAACUUCCCGAAAUUAAAAAGGUCCCAGGAUUCUUGGAAAAGAAAGAACCAGGAGAACUUGCCUCAAAGAUACUUUUCACCAUUACUUUUUGGCUCCUGCUGAGGCAGCACCUCACCGAGCAAAAAGCUCUUCAAGAAAAGGAAGCUCUUUUAUCUGAGAUCAAAAUCGGAAGUCAGGAAAAUGAAGAAAAAGAUGAUGAGCAAGAUAUACAAAUGGAAGGAGAGGCCGAAGAGAAGGAGGAAGAGGAAGCCAAGGAAGAGAAGCAAGAGAGAAAGAAGGAAGAGGAAGAGGAAGUGGAGGAAGAUGACGACCAGGACAUCAUGAAAGUGCUGGGCAAUCUGGUGGUGGCCAUGUUCAUCAAGUAUUGGAUCUACGUCUGCGGAGGAAUGUUCUUCUUUGUCAGCUUCGAGGGUAAAAUUGUGAUGUACAAAAUCAUCUACAUGGUGCUGUUUCUGUUCUGUGUGGCCUUGUAUCAGGUGCACUACGAGUGGUGGAGGCGAAUUCUAAAGUACUUUUGGAUGUCUGUGGUUAUUUACACCAUGCUGGUGCUUAUCUUUAUCUACACAUAUCAGUUUGAGAACUUCCCAGGACUGUGGCAAAAUAUGACUGGGUUGAAAAAAGAAAAGCUCGAGGAUCUUGGCUUAAAACAGUUUACCGUGGCAGAACUGUUCACUCGCAUAUUCAUCCCAACUUCCUUUCUGUUGGUGUGCAUUUUACACCUUCACUACUUCCAUGAUCGGUUUCUGGAGCUCACAGACCUGAAGUCCAUUCCUAGCAAGGAAGACAGCGCCAUCUACAGCCAUGCCAAAGUCAAUGGGCGCGUAUAUCUAAUAAUAAAUAGACUGGCCCACCCCGAAGGCAGCCUUCCGGACCUUGCCAUGAUGAAUCUGACCGCCAGCCUGGAGAAGCCGGACAUCAGGAAGCUGGCCGAGCGUGGGGAUGACAAACCAGAGGGGUGCCCUGAGAAGGCUGAGCUUGGGAAAGACAGCGAGGAGGAGGAGGAAGAGGAGGACGAGGAGGAAGAGGAGGAGGAAGAGACAUCAGAUUUAAGGAACAAAUGGCAUCUGGUGAUUGACCGCCUCACUGUGCUCUUCUUAAAAUUCCUGGAGUAUUUCCACAAGCUGCAGGUGUUCAUGUGGUGGAUUUUGGAGUUACAUAUCAUCAAAAUUGUUUCAUCGUACAUUAUCUGGGUUUCUGUGAAAGAGGUGUCUCUGUUCAACUAUGUAUUUUUGAUUUCUUGGGCUUUUGCUCUGCCAUAUGCCAAGUUGCGCCGUCUGGCUUCAAGUGUCUGCACUGUCUGGACAUGUGUAAUCAUCGUCUGCAAAAUGUUGUACCAGCUGCAAACCAUUAAGCCUGAGAACUUUUCUGUUAACUGUUCCUUGCCAAAUGAAAACCAAACGAAUAUACCCAUCCACCAGUUGAACAAGUCUCAGCUCUACAGCGCUCCUAUUGACCCAACAGAAUGGGUGGGCCUGAGGAAGUCUUCCCCUCUGCUUGUCUACCUGAGGAAUAAUCUCCUAAUGCUGGCCAUUCUGGCCUUUGAGGUUACAAUUUACCGCCAUCAGGAAUACUAUCGAGGUCGAAACAACCUCACGGCCCCGGUGUCUAAAACCAUCUUUCAUGACAUUACAAGACUCCAUCUAGAUAAUGGACUUAUUAAUUGUGCCAAAUAUUUCAUAAAUUACUUCUUCUACAAGUUUGGUCUGGAGACCUGUUUCCUAAUGUCAGUUAAUGUAAUUGGUCAGCGAAUGGAUUUCUAUGCCAUGAUUCACGCCUGCUGGCUGAUAGCUGUCUUAUAUCGGCGCAGAAGAAAGGCCAUUGCAGAGAUCUGGCCCAAGUACUGCUGCUUCCUGGCGUGCAUCAUCACCUUCCAGUACUUCAUCUGUAUCGGCAUCCCUGCAGCUCCUUGCAGAGAUUACCCAUGGAGAUUCAAGGGUGCUAGCUUCAAUGACAACAUCAUAAAGUGGCUGUACUUCCCAGACUUCAUUGUGCGGCCCAACCCCGUGUUUCUUGUCUAUGACUUCAUGCUGCUCCUGUGUGCCUCCCUGCAAAGGCAGAUCUUCGAGGACGAAAACAAGGCUGCAGUGCGGAUCAUGGCAGGGGACAACGUGGAGAUCUGCAUGAACCUUGACGCAGCCUCCUUCAGCCAGCAUAACCCCGUGCCAGAUUUCAUCCACUGCAGAUCGUACCUAGACAUGUCCAAAGUGAUCAUCUUCAGCUACCUCUUCUGGUUUGUCCUCACGAUCAUCUUCAUCACGGGAACAACCAGGAUCAGCAUCUUUUGCAUGGGUUACUUGGUAGCCUGCUUCUAUUUCCUGCUCUUUGGGGGUGAUUUGCUGCUGAAACCCAUCAAGAGCAUCCUGCGCUACUGGGACUGGCUGAUUGCCUACAACGUUUUUGUGAUUACGAUGAAAAACAUACUGUCAAUAGGAGCAUGUGGAUACAUUGAAAAAUUGGUUCAGAAUAGUUGCUGGUUGAUCCAAGCUUUCAGCCUGGCCUGCACUGUCAAAGGCUAUAAAAUGCCUGAUGAUGAUUCCUCAUGUAAACUACCCAGUGGUGAAGCAGGAAUUAUUUGGGACAGUAUAUGUUUUGCCUUCCUUCUCCUGCAAAGAAGAGUUUUCAUGAGUUACUAUUUCCUACAUGUUGUGGCUGAUAUAAAAGCUUCACAGAUCCUGGCUUCGAGAGGGGCUGAACUUUUCCAGGCCACAAUUGUAAAGGCUGUAAAGGCAAGAAUUGAAGAAGAGAAAAAGUCAAUGGAUCAGCUGAAGAGGCAGAUGGAUCGCAUCAAAGCCCGGCAACAGAAAUACAAAAAGGGUAAGGAGAGGAUGCUGAGCUUGACCCAGGAAUCAGGGGAAGGCCAGGACAUCCAAAAACUCUCUGAAGAGGAUGAUGAAAGAGAAGCAGACAAACAGAAAGCCAAGGGCAAAAAAAAGCAGUGGUGGCGGCCUUGGGUUGAUCAUGCUUCCAUGGUCAGGAGUGGAGAUUAUUAUUUGUUUGAAACGGAUAGCGAAGAGGAGGAAGAAGAAGAAUUAAAAAAGGAAGAGGAAGAACCUCCAAGAAGGUCAGCUUUCCAGUUUGUUUAUCAAGCCUGGAUCACUGACCCUAAAACAGCACUCCGACAGAGACGCAAAGAGAAAAAAAGGUCUGCAAGAGAAGAACAGAAAAGAAGGAGAAAAGGAUCUGGGGAGGCAGGUCCUGUGGAGUGGGAAGACCGAGAGGAGGAACCAGUCAAAAAGAAAUCUGAUGGACCAGAUAAUAUCAUCAAGAGGAUAUUUAAUAUUUUGAAAUUCACCUGGGUUCUGUUUCUGGCAACAGUGGAUAGUUUCACAACUUGGCUUAACUCCAUUUCAAGGGAGCAUAUUGAUAUAUCUACAGUUCUGAGAAUUGAAAGAUGCAUGCUGACCAGAGAAAUUAAAAAGGGCAACGUUCCCACUCGGGAGAGCAUCCACAUGUACUACCAGAACCACAUCAUGAACCUUUCCAGAGAGUCUGGACUGGACACCAUUGAUGACCGUCCGGGCGCUGCUUCCGGUGCACAGCCAGCCCACAGGAUGGAUAGCUUAGAUUCACAUGACAGUAUCUCCAGCUGCUACACCGAAGCAACCAUGCUGUUCUCAAGGCAGUCUACCCUUGAUGAUUUAGAUGGACAAGAAACUGUUCCUAAAACAAGUGAGCGUGCUCGACCUAGGCUUCGUAAAAUGUUCAGCAUGGAUAUGUCCUCCUCAUCAGCUGACAGUAGCAGUUUAGCAUCAAGCGAGCCCACGCAGUGCACCAUGCUGUACUCACGCCAGGGGACGACGGAGACCAUAGCGGAAGUGGAGGCCGAGCAGGACGACGAGGCGGCGGCCGGAGAUGCCGGGCAGGGCGGGGAGGCCACGGCGGAUGUGGGGCUGGAGGAGGCCUCGGAGGCCUCAGAAGUCGGCCUCACCCCGGAGGCUGAGCUGCCGCAGUAUUCCACCGAGGACGGGGACGUGGAGGCCCCGCCGUCCUACAGCAAGGCAGUCAGCUUCGAGCGCCUGUCCUUCGGCUCGAGGGAUGACUCUGCAGGCCAGAGCCACAUGGCCGUGAGUCCUGACGACAGCCGCUCGGACAGGCUCGAGUCCAGCAUCUUACCGCCCCUGACUCAUGAGCUGACGGCCAGCGAGCUGCUGCUGAACAAGAUGUUCCAUGAUGACGAGCUUGAAGAGUCAGAGAAAUUCUACGUUGGUCAGCCCCGGUUCUUGCUGUUGUUCUAUGCCAUGUACAACACUCUGGUGGCUCGCUCAGAAAUGGUGUGCUAUUUUGUGAUCAUACUAAACCACAUGGUCUCUGCCUCCAUGAUCACCCUUGUGCUCCCCAUUCUGAUCUUCCUCUGGGCCAUGCUGUCUGUCCCCAGGCCCAGUAGACGAUUCUGGAUGAUGGCCAUUGUCUACACAGAGGUGGCAAUUGUGGUCAAGUAUUUCUUCCAAUUUGGGUUCUUUCCCUGGAACAAGAAUGUGGAAUUGAACAAAGAUAAACCUUACCACCCACCUAAUAUCAUAGGAGUGGAAAAGAAAGAAGGUUAUGUCCUUUACGAUCUCAUUCAGCUCCUGGCUCUUUUCUUCCAUCGGUCAAUUUUGAAGUGCCAUGGCUUGUGGGAUGAAGAUGACAUAACCGACAGUGGCACAGACAAGGAAGAGUCAGAUGAUGAGCUCUCCCUCAGUCGUGGCAGAAGAGCCUCCUCCGAUUCUCUGAAAUCCAUCAAUCUGGCCACAUCGGCAGAGUCGGUACAUGUAUCCUUCCCGGAGCAGCCCACCGCCAUCCGGAGAAAGCGAUCAGGAAGCAGCUCCCAGAUAUCCCCCAGAUCCAGCUUUUCUUCCAACAGGUCCAAAAGAGGCAGCACAAGCACCCGGAACAGCAGUCAAAAAGGAAGCAGUGUUUUAAGCAUCAAGCAGAAAAGCAAAAGGGAACUUUAUAUGGAAAAGCUUCAAGAACAUUUAAUCAAAGCAAAAGCAUUUACCAUAAAGAAGACUCUGCAAAUAUAUGUGCCCAUCAGACAGUUCUUCUACAACCUCAUCCACCCAGACUACAGUGCUGUGACCGACGUGUAUGUGCUCAUGUUCCUGGCUGACACUGUUGACUUUGUCAUCAUCGUCUUUGGCUUCUGGGCCUUCGGGAAACACUCAGCAGCAGCAGACAUCACCUCUUCACUGUCGGAGGACCAGGUUCCUGGGCCAUUUUUGGUGAUGGUCCUCAUUCAGUUUGGAACCAUGGUGGUGGACCGAGCCCUAUACCUCAGGAAGACUGUGCUGGGAAAGGUCAUUUUUCAGGUCAUUCUUGUGUUUGGAAUUCACUUCUGGAUGUUCUUCAUCUUGCCUGGUGUGACUGAGAGGAAGUUCAGCCAGAACCUGGUUGCUCAGCUUUGGUACUUUGUGAAAUGUGUUUACUUCGGGUUGUCUGCCUACCAAAUCCGUUGUGGCUAUCCAACGCGAGUCCUUGGAAACUUCCUCACCAAGAGCUAUAAUUAUGUCAACCUCUUCUUGUUUCAAGGGUUCCGCCUCGUUCCCUUUUUGACUGAGCUGAGGGCUGUGAUGGACUGGGUAUGGACAGACACGACCUUGAGCCUCUCCAGCUGGAUCUGUGUGGAGGACAUCUAUGCUCACAUAUUCAUCCUGAAGUGUUGGCGGGAGUCUGAAAAAAGAUACCCACAGCCCCGGGGGCAGAAGAAGAAGAAAGUGGUGAAGUACGGCAUGGGAGGCAUGAUCAUCGUUCUGCUCAUCUGCAUUGUCUGGUUUCCCCUUCUCUUCAUGUCCUUGAUCAAAUCUGUGGCGGGGGUCAUCAACCAGCCCCUGGAUGUCUCGGUCACAAUUACCCUGGGAGGGUAUCAGCCCAUUUUCACAAUGAGUGCCCAGCAAAGCCAGUUGAAAGUUAUGGAUCAGCCAAAGUUUAAUAAAUUUAUGAAAGCUUUCUCUAGGGACACUGGUGCUAUGCAAUUUCUGGAAAAUUAUGAAAAAGAAGACAUAACAGUAGCAGAACUGGAAGGAAAUUCAAAUUCUUUGUGGACCAUCAGCCCUCCCAGUAAGCAGAAAAUGAUAGAGGAACUCAUGGACCCCAAUAGUAGCUUCUCUGUUGUUUUUUCAUGGAGUAUUCAGAGAAACAUGAGUCUGGGUGCAAAAGCAGAAAUAGCAACGGAUAAGCUUUCUUUUCCUCUUAAAAAUAUUACACGUAAGAAUAUAGCUAAAAUGAUAGCCGGCAACAACACAGAAAGUUCAAGAACACCAGUGACUAUAGAGAAGAUCUACCCAUAUUAUGUGAAAGCACCUAGUGAUUCGAACUCAAAACCCAUAAAGCAACUUUUGUCUGAAAAUAAUUUCAUGAAUAUCACCAUCAUUUUGUCCAGAGACAAUACAACUAAAUCUAACAGUGAGUGGUGGGUUCUCAACCUUACUGGCAAUAGAAUAUUCAAUCAGCAUGCCCAGGCCUUGGAACUGGUGGUCUUCAAUGACAAAGUCAGCCCCCCAAGUCUGGGGUUCUUGGCUGGCUACGGUAUCAUGGGAUUAUAUGCUUCAGUUGUCCUUGUGAUUGGGAAGUUUGUCCGUGAAUUCUUCAGUGGGAUUUCUCACUCCAUCAUGUUUGAAGAGCUUCCAAAUGUGGAUCGAAUCCUGAAGUUGUGCACAGAUAUUUUUUUAGUUCGAGAGACAGGGGAACUGGAAUUAGAGGAAGAUCUCUAUGCCAAAUUAAUAUUCCUGUACCGCUCACCAGAAACCAUGAUCAAAUGGACUAGAGAAAAAACAAAUUGAUACAUUAAGACACAGACUGCAAAUCAAGUUAACAUUUGAAUUUUUAAAAAAGCACAAUAUUCUCAUAAGAGCUAAGCAUUUCUAGUUGGACAGAAAUGGUUUCUCUUCUGACAGGUGUUCAAAAGGAGCUGACUUCCUUUUGCAAUCUAAGCUACCUUGCAAAUGAAGGCGCUGUUGAAAAAGUUAUUUGUAAUUCCAUUUCUCCAAAAAUCAGGGCUACUUGUUUUAUGUUUUAGUCAACAGUGUCUUGCAUUCUGAUUGACUAUGCAAAGGAGUCAUUUAUGGGUCUCUUCCCUCAGAGAAACAGGAGAGAAGAAGAAGGAAGAAAGAAAGACGCCCAUGUUUUUCUGCGCAGGGACCUGAAGAGAUCCUAUAAUGGCAAACGCUGUGCUCUGUCACCACAGGGAAGCUGCUGUGAGGAGAACAGAUGGCCUCAGCACACCCGAAAAUAUGCAACAGCAAUAGGAGGCUGAAACUCCUGAAUGGAUUUCUAGGGGGAAACAAGAAAGGGAGCCAAAGACCCAUGAAGAUACCAGAGGAAGGAUAAGCCUCGUUCUAAGCAAAAAGUUAACAUUAGUGACACUCUUACUGCCUUAUCUUAACUAAGACUAAUAAAAAAAUCUUUCCACUAAACACCAGUGACUUCUCAGGAAAAAAACAAAACAAAACAGCAAAACAAAUAUGUGGACACCGGCUGUUGAGGCCCAGCUCGUGACUCGCUUCAGUGGUGGUGGCUGUUCUGCUUCAGAGUUACUGCUCCUCGUCAGACACAGGCUCCAGGUAGAAGGAUCAAAAUGGUGCCCAGCUGGGUGUGGAAUGAAUACUCUGACUUUGUAACUCUUUACUAACUGAGGUCAUGAAUGCUCUUCUACCUUUCCCCAUCCCUCACACGCUUUUUCCCAUUUCGAUGAUUUAAGGCAAUGAUGUUUUCCAGUAUGUGACAUUUUCCUUCCUGUUUUUCAGGUAUAUCAAAAGUUUACAUAUUCCAAUUCACAUUUUUACAUCUGAGACGGGUUUUUUAAGUUCAUAAUUAUGAAAGAAAUAUGUAUAUUGAGCUUGGGGAAAUAAAAAAUGGCCUUUUCUUAAAUUAUUAUUAUUGGUAAUACAACCUCUUCAUUAAAUAACAAUGUAGCAUGAAAAUUUAUGAUUGAAAUGUAGUUUUCAUUCCGUAUUAAAAUACAGUUUGUGAGGAAUCAUCGAAUGGACUAGAAUACAUCAAAAACAUGAUCCUAUGUAGUUUGGGUUCAGGACUGACUUAAAAUAAAGCACAUCUUGCAAAGUCAUUUCAAGAAUAUUCUUCAUUCUGCCUCUUUUGCAUUAAGUAGGA